GCUGCCCCUCCGGAACCCACUCCUUGAUGCCUCAGGCAACCACACCGUGGCAACGCGACGCCACACCCGGGCAGAUCGCCAUGGCUGUGUGGCUGUGCGGAUGUGUGGCUUGCCUAUCGAGGCAGUGCAGCGCAACUUUGUCUGCGGGAAAGCGCAUCACGUCCGUUCGGAUGCUUGCAGUUGCUACAGGACUAGGUAGGUGCUCCGUCGAGUAUAUUUCUCGUUCUGGUGGGAUCAGACGGUGGACAGUGCCGAUUUCCGAUUCAGAUUGGACUCGCGCCCACCUCGACAAGAACAGGUGGUCAUGUUCCGUGCUAGUAGUAGGUCGACUCCAAAUUCGACUAUAAUAGGUAGUACUCUACUCGGAGUAUAUAGCACACGGAGGAAUACUCUUUCGUCGAGAGAGCAACGCUACAUAGACGUUGAUGCUCCACUUCUCUAUACAUCAUCGGCAGAGCCCGUCACAGUUUAUGACCUAAGAAGUAAAUACCCCGUACUUUGCGCUUAAUCCAAGACAGUUUGAUCCAUUUUCCAUCGGCUAUUCCAUGGUUAUGAUGUAUUCAGGGUCCCAAGGUACAGAAUUUUCUUUCCGGGCACGGCGGACAUAUAGCUUGGGUGAGCUAUUUUAAGAUUGUUGCGGUUAGCGCUGGAGACUAUUCGAUGCCCAUCGCGGCACUAACGGGUUGGUUUUGCUGGGGAUGUCUGACUAUUGGUAAUAAUGGGGGAUCUAGUGGUGGAUGGCGGCGUCUCAUGAUACGGACGGGUUGGGA